UCCGCAGAGCAGAAGGAGGAAAACAGCAAGUCUGAGUGUUACUGGUUUACCUCUCAGACUCCAGAAGAUGAAUGAUUUGGAGGAAACAGAGGACGGAGCAGAGUCUCUAAUAUCCAGCUGUGUGUCUAUGAAGACUGACCGGUCUAAACAUGAACCUCCAAACUUCAGUAAUGAACCUCAACCCUCAGACAAAAAACAGAGAGCAGAGUCUCCAGUAUCCAGCUGUCUGUCUGUGAAGAGUGACCGGUCCAAAGAUUAUCCUCCACACUUCAGUAAUGAACCUGGACCCUCAGACACAAAAGAGAGGAAAAGGAGGAGUGUUUCUGUGGAGGAGCAGCCGUCCUGUUGUUCUUUGUGUCAGGACAUCCUGAAGGAUCCAGUCUCUACCAGCUGUGGACACUGGUGCUUCAGACAGUGCAUCACCUCAUACUGGGACCGGUCUGCUUCAUCAGGAGACUCCUCCUGUCCACAGUGUGCAGAAAGAUCCAAAACAGGACCUGGACUGCAGACAGACAGUCAGACCAGCACUGUACAAACAGAAAGUGGUCUGCAUGAGGUUUUAGAUGAACAUAAGAUCAGUCUGAGGAGGAGAUGUGAAUGUGUGACUGAAGGAACUGAUGAAGCAGGAAGUGAAACCCUCCUCAACAGAAUCUACACUGAGCUCUACAUCACAGAGGGACAGAGUGAGGAGCUUAAUACCCAACAUGAGGUGAUGCAACUUGAGACAACUUCCAAGCUGAAGACCCUCCAUGACAUUCCAAUCAAGUGCCACAACAUCUUUAAAGUCUUACCUGACCAAGAAGACCACAUCAUCAGAGUCGUUCUGGCGAGCGGCGUUGCUGGCAUUGGAAAAACGUUCUCAGUGCAGAAGUUCACUCUGGACUGGGCAAAGGGUUUGGAAAACCAAGAUGUCAAUCUGGUGAUUCUGCUUUCGUUCAGGGAGCUGAACUUGAUCAAAGAUGAGCAGUACAGUCUUCUCAUGCUGAUCCAUGUUUUCCAUCCAACAUUACAGAAGGUCACAGCAGAGAAGCUCACUGACUGUAAAGUUUUGUUCAUUUUUGACGGCCUGGAUGAAAGCAGACUUUCACUGGACUUCAAGAACAAUGAGGUUGUGUCUGAUGUCACUCAAAAGUCAUCAGUCAAUGUGCUGUUGACAAACCUCAUUGAAGGGAAUCUGCUUCCCUUAGCUCUCAUCUGGAUAACUUCACGACCUGCAGCAACCCAUCAGAUCCCUCCUACAUGUGUUGACAGGGUAACAGAAGUACGAGGCUUCACUGAUACCCAGAAGGAGGAGUACUUCAGGAGGAGAUUCAGUGAUGAAGAGCUGUCCAGCAGAAUCAUCUCGCACAUCAAGAAAUCCAGGAGCCUCCACAUCAUGUGUCACAUCCCAGUCUUCUGCUGGAUCACUGCUACAGUUGUGGAGCACAUGUUGACUACAGAUCAGAGAGGAGAGCUGCCCAAGACUCUGACUGACCUGUACUCACACCUCCUACUGGUUCAGACAAAGAGGAAAAAGCACAAGUAUGAUGAGAGACAUGAGACAAGUCCACAGGAGCUGACUGAGGCUGAUAGGGAAGUUCUUCUGAAGCUGGGGCGGCUGGCAUUUGAACAUCUAGAGAAAGGAAACAUCAUGUUCUACAAAGAAGACCUGGAGCAGUGUGGUCUUGAUGUCACAGAGGCCUCUGUGUUAUCAGGAUUUUGUACAGAGAUCUUCAAAAGAGAGAGUUUGAUCUUUCAGAAAACAGUCUACUGCUUUGUUCAUCUGAGCGUUCAGGAGUUUCUGGCUGCAGUCUACAUGUACCACUGUUACACAAAUAGCAACACUGAGGUACUGAAGGGCUUCUUGGGAAAAGACUACAGUAUCUCAUCCCUGGAUGACUUCCUGAUGGGAGCCAUGCAGAAAUCUCUUGAAAGUAAAAAUGGCCACUUGGACCUGUUUGUUCGCUUCCUUCAUGGCCUCUCUCUGGAGUCUAACCAGAGUUUCUUAGGAGGCCUGCUGAGUCGGACAGAGAGCAGUCCAGAAAUCAUCCAGAGAGCCAUCAACAACCUGAAGAAGAAGAACACUCAUGACAUCUCUCCUGACAGAAGCAUCAACAUCUUCCACUGUCUGAUGGAGAUGAACGAACGCUCAGUACAUCAGGAGAUCCAAGAGUUCCUGAAGUCAGAGAACAGAUCAGAGAAAAGACUCUCUGAUAUCCACUGCUCAGCUCUGGCCUACAUGCUGCAGAUGUCAGAGGAGGUUCUGGAUGAGUUGGACCUGGAGAAGUACAACACAUCACUUGAGGGACGAUGGAGACUGAUCCCAGCUGUGAGGAACUGCAGAAAGGCUCAGUAA